AUGGCUAUUAAGACUGACAUAAGUAAGACUUAUGAUAGGGUGGAGUGGUCUUUUCUUGAAGAGAUUAUGAUAAAGCUUGGAUUUCACCAGAGAUGGGUUCAGAUGAUAAUGUCAUGUGUUACCUCAGUUUCCUAUUCGGUGUUAAUCAAUGGAGUGCCGUAUGCUUUAAGUCAAAUGAUGGAGAAUGCUCAGAAUCAGAAUCACUAUCAAGGCAUGAAGCUGGCAAGAGCUUGCCCGAAAGUUUCUCAUCUAUUAUUUGCGGAUGACUCUUUGUUUUUCUGUAGAGAAACUUUAGAUGAUGCAAGAUGUGUUGCUACAAUACUCAAUGAUUAUGAAGGUGUAUCAGGGCAGAAGGUGAAUUUGACUAAGUCUGCGAUUACCUUUGGAAAGAAAAUCCUUCCUCAAAUUCAAGGUCAGAUUCAUGCUAUCUUACAAAUUCAUAAUUCUGGUGGGUGUGGUAAGUACUUGGGUUUACCGGAACGUCUCAGUAGAAGCAAAGUAGAAGAUUUUCAGUUUGUGGUAGAGCAAUGGCUACCUGUUCUACCUCCUCGAUUGAUACAAAAUGUAUCUCAAGAUCCUGAUAUAAAGGUUAGUGAUCUGAUAUGUCCCAUAACCAAUUCUUGGAAUAUUCCUCUGAUAGAUCGUGCACUGGGCCAAGGAUAUUCAGAGACAGUGAAACAGAUAAGAUUGUCAAGAUUUUCUGCUCAAGAUAAACAGGUUUGGCCUUGUUCUAAAAAUUUAGAGUAUUCUGUUAAAUCUGGUUAUUGGGCUACAACUCAUGAUUUACGAGAGGGAGAUGCUAUUAUCCCAUCAAUGGGAUCCUUUGAUUUGAAGAUGGAGUGCUGGAAGAUUAAUAUUAUUCCUAAAAUCAAGAACUUUCUUUGGAAACUUUUAUCUGGAGCUUUGGCAACUUAUACUCAGUUAUGCUCUCGGGGAAUUAGAGUCUCUCCUAUUUGUCAAAGGUGUUGUGUGGAGGAAGAAACUAUCAAUCAUGUUCUCUUCGAGUGUCCUCAUGCUAUUGCUAUAUGGUGA